AUGCCCUUCGAGAGUGACCCGCCCCCGGCGACCGCAGACGGAAGCACAUGUUUCUACGGAGUGUGUCGGUACUGUCGGCCAGAAGUGAGUGUGUGCGGCUGGGUUCAGGGCGCUGUGACCAUGUGGCUUCCGCGACACCUUCCUCUUUUGCAAAUGGAACAUCCCUGGCGAUAUAAUAAAUGGAAUAAACUUGUACGAUGGGAGUCCGACGAAGAUUACUGCGAGGAAGUGUUGAGAGGGAAUCAGGGGGCGAGGAUUCUCGACCUGAGCGGCGCCGCUGUGCUCGACUACUUGACACAGAACGUUGACAGACAUCACGCGGCUUACGUCAAGGGGGAAAAGAACUCGUCGCUUGUCACGCUUGACAAUGGGAAGAGUUUUGCUGAUCCAAACACCGACUACAUGGACAUUAUGGCUCCAGUGCUUCAGUGCUGCAGAAUCCGGAGGGGCCUGCACGCGCGGCUGCUGCUGCUGAGCGGCGGCGGGCUGUCCCGGGCCCUGAGGGAGCUGCUGCGCCUCGACCCGCUCGCGCCCGUGCUCGCCGACGCCCACCUCCGCGCCCUGGACCGCCGCCUCGCGCACGUCCUCGCCGCCCUCAGCGCCUGCAGCGAGAAGAAGGGCGGAUGGCACAAUGUCCUCUUCUGAAAGUGUACAUAAAUGUGUCGACUUUUCCGACACAUAAGACCAUGUUUUCUUUCCACUCAGCCGAAAUUUCAACAUCCCGAUGACUUCGUCUGACGGCCUUUGGGGUCAGCCGCGUGAAUGGUGCUCCUGCCGGGAGUUCCGAGGCCCAGGCGCGAGAGGGCGCUGCAGGCGAAGGCCAGCAGGAGUCUUUCUUGUCACUCUUUUAUGGAAACUAAA